GGAAUGGUCUCCGCGCCUAUUUUCCAGCACUACAUAGCAUUACUGACCUACAAACACAAGGAUAACGACAUGCUUACGUUCUAAGCGAGCAGUGUUUUUUGACAUAUCGACAAACGAGCAAUGACUAGUGAUUAAUCAGUUCAAAAAUAUGUGAUAUAUCAUUGAAAGCGACCGGCGCAAAAGUUAAUUUGAAUGGCAAUCGAAUAUGAUAGCUGAUGAGUGCAACAAUUAUGAUUGUCAGCGGAACUUGGAUCAUGAAGACAAUAAUAAAUCCGGACAGGAGAAACAGGAUGGUGCACUUAUUGAUGAUCGUGAGAUCAUUUCCACCAACAUUGGAACGGCUCGUGUAUUAAGUGGCUCUGUGAUCCAAGAAUAUAACUCACUGCUUUCCUGGCUUCGACAGAUUUUUGAAACGAAUCUUCAAACAAAACUUAAUAAAGGUUUCGUAUUCAUAACGUGUCCACAAUGCAGAAAACCAAUAAACGAUGUAUUCGACAUGGUCUUUGUUGAACACUAUCAUCUAAUAUGUUUGCUGAAACUACGUUACGAGCAUUACUUGAACGAUGAAACUUCCGCAAAAAUACAGAUCUUAAAAAUCAACCUAUUUCAAGCGUUUAAGCAUGCUAGGACUCGACAGACGCUUAUAGGAACCUGUCCCGAAUUUGGACGCUUCUUAGAGUAUCUGAAGGCGGAAAUCAUUAAUCAAACACGUGCACUAAAUGUGCAGGACGCACUGGAUCGCAUACAGCAUGUGGGCAAAAACGAAAAUCGCGAACGAAGCUCUUUCCUGUGCCGAUUUUGUCGCGAAACGUUCGAAUACGAAUAUCUUCUACUACGCCAUGAAACGUGUCAUCACCCGGAAGUUAUUACUGGGAAACAUUCGUAUAGGUCGAUGCGUAAAGAUUUAGAACUGUGUCCUUACUGUCGGUUGCGGUUCGGAAAAGGAGAACGCAUGCAAGAACAUCAACGAGCUCACGAAAAGGCAUUGAAAUUUUAUUUCAAAGUAGGGCUGAAAACAUAUCAGCGAUCAACUGUUCGUAGCAGACGACGCGAAAAGCUGAAAGUCGAAUGUGAUUCAGAAGUGCCAUAUGCAACGAAAUGCUACACAAAUAAGAGAAAACGUUUUUAAAAAAUGUUAAUUAUGUGUCUUAUGUUUGAAUA